AUGAAUUUGAACUUCCUCGUCUCAAUAUGGGCCAUAUGUGGAACUGCUGGCGCAGUCCCUCAGUAUGGUUCCAUCGAGUCUACCGUCACUGUUUACGCUCCCUGUUCUGAAGUUCUUGCUCCAUUUCCGACUGCUGUAGCAAGCAAUCGUAUGGCACAAGUUUCUGCAGAUACGUCUCUACCUGUUAAUGUCACACCUACCAUUCUCAACUAUUCGCCAGUAGGAUUUUCGAAAUCGACCUGGGCUAUCGGAGCUUCUCCAUCAUCAAAACUUGCUGGAUCACUCGAGACUGCCGCUGGAGUAAUACAAAUCCCCCAGUCAUCCAAUGACGUCUUUUCUUUCAUAGUCGUCAAAGGUACAACUAGCUGGUUGAGUGGCCAAACGCCAACGAGCGCUCCAAGUCAAUCUUUCGUUGUCAUUACGAGUGCUAUAACAGUGGUUCCUUUAUCGAUUCCACCUCCGUCUGUAUCUACGUCGACUUCCAGCAGUGAAGUUGUGGUUAUAUCCACAGAAACCGGUAUACAUCUUUCAACUGUUCCAUCUCCAACUCUAUCGUCUCCAUAUUCUUCUGCGAAAUCCUCCGGUAGUGAGCCCGUGAUUAUAUCAACAGAGAUGGUUAUUCCCCUGUCAACUCUGCCGUCGUCUCAAUCCUCAUCAAUGACAAUUACGACCAAAUCGGUAUCUACCAGUGAGCCUGUGGUCAUGUCAUCAGUAACGAAUACUCCUGUAUCAUCCACUUCCCAAUCGUCUUCAUCAGUUUCAAGUCAACCAGAAUCUGUCAGCAAUGUGGUAUUUACUUUAACCACCACAAAAACAACCUUUGUUCCUUUCUCAACUCCACUUCCAACGACAACUGCUAGUAGCAAACCUACAUUUACAUCAACCGGCGCAAUUAUUUCUUCACAGUCCAGUACAAAUUACGCAUCUUUCAAUGGAACGAUUAUCUCCAGCACUUCCACAUCUGCAUCGGUAACUCCUCAAAAUACAGUUGUUUCUACCUCUACAAUUUCUUUCAAUCUCUCAUCCAUGGGAAGCAAUCUUUCUACUAAUGCAAACCCACUUUCGAGUUUAUCUUCUGUCUCAAUCCUAAUCCUAUCUAAACCUGAAAUCUCUGAUAGCAGUAUCAAGCCAGUGGCCUCAGUUCCAUCAACCAUCCUACCAAGUGCCGUUGAGCUCUCACCAUCAUUGACUGCCAAUACCCGUUUCAAGUCGGCUUCGUCAUUGGCCACUCUUACCGUCCCUUCUCCAAUAUCUGUGGUUUCUCAAUCAGCUUCAGGUAGAAUAUUCACCGGCAUUGCCUCCAAUGCAGGUGGAUGGAACUCAACGUCUCAAACAGCAUCGAAAUCGGCAUUCAAUACAUCUAAUUUUGACACAAUUAAGUCUCUGACUACUUUGACUGGAGUGGAAGGUUCUCAAGCUGCUGCUCAAACUUCCCAUUCUGUUUCUGCCACUUUGACUACUUCGGAAUUCUCAUUGAUAAUGCCGACGUCAAUUUACAAGUCGAUUUCGUUGUCUAAGGAUACUUCGUUUUCUACAGAUACUUCAACUUCUAGCUCCACUACAAUGCCUAGUUUUACUUCGGUUUCCAGCUUUAAUGCAACAUUCUCCACCUCUUCCUUAUCGAAGUCUACUCCAGCCUCAAUCUUGACUCCAGUAUCCAAUGCUACUUCAACACCUCAAUCAAGUUCAUUGUCUACAGUCGCGCCAAUAUCCAGUUUUAUUUCGGUGAUUAAAGGACCAAGUUCCGUCACUUUCCCCAACUCAACAUCCUCUACAUCCACUAGCAUCAUACCCUCAGCCACACCCACAAACUGCGGAGAGCGUGGAGACUUCGUCUUGACUUUCGAUGACAUCCCACCGCUAUCCGUCUCCAACGCAAGCGAUACUGACGUCCAGCCCGAACCGUUAUUCAAUCCAUACCACCAAUUCCUCUUCUCGGAUGGUUUCGCCGUCGUUCCACCACCAAAACGUCUUCCCUUCCUCCCAUCUUCGAAACCACUCCUCCUCGAAUUCAUACCCAACUUCGAAGCCAAUUCCUCAAACAGAAAAACAGGUCCAAAUGCCGCAGAUCAUGGCUUCUCGGGCCAGAUAGGAAGUGGCGACGAAGGACACACCGGAUGUUUUAAUCUCAAUCUGUACGGAGCAUCACUCGGUUGCGACUCCACGGGUCCUUCAUGUGAUUUCACGUUCACUGGAUACAAGUACGACGUAACUUCUAAGGAGACCUCUCUCGUAACCCAACAAGUUAUCGAUGUUCCCGCUUGUCCUGAACUUGCCAAUUGCGUUCUGACAAAUGUUGAUUUAGACUCUAGUUUUAAGGAUUUAACGUAUUUUUUCAUGAAUGUGACGGUGGCUGGCAAACCGAAACUUUGGUGGAUGGAUGAUCUUCGUUUGGGAUGGUCGGAUAAUAGUUGUGCUAUGGGUCUUUGUCGUCAGAACGCUCAUGUGCGUUAG